GAAUCUUUCCCAUAGAAGACAAUUAUACUCGUGAUUUCAAGUUUAUAUUUCUUUUUUAUCUUCAAAAAGUCUUACUUCCUUUUGAAGUACUAUUGUUUGAAAAUAUUAAUAUCGUGUUUUUACGAUGGUAUAACGAACUCGUGAUUUUAAAAUGGCGGACGACCGAGAAGUUUUGCGAAUCCUCUGGGAUGGUCGGAUACCAGUAUGUUUUUCUCUAAACUCCGACGAAGUGUUUACUCUUGAGCAGCCCGAACCAUUCUAUCUGUUGCUUCCAAGAGUGAGUUAUCUUCCUGUUGUUACUGACAAAGUCACAAAACAUUUUCAAUCUGCAAUCAAACCCGAUAAGGAUACCAGCAGUAUUUGGUUUGACUUUAAUGGACAAUCUCUUAAAUGGCACUAUCCAAUAGGAGUACUCUUUGACCUGUAUGGCUCCCAUGAUGCAUUGCCAUGGAACAUAACAGUUCAUUUUGAGGACUUUCCCGAGGAUGAAUUAAUUCAUUGUGAAAGCAAAGAGGUUGUUGAAUCCUAUUUCAUGUCCGCUAUAAAAGAGGCAGAUUCAUUGAAACACAAGUCUCAGAUCAUCAAUUCAAUGCAAAAGAAAGAUCACAAACAAUUAUGGCUUGGUCUUAAUAACGACAAAUUUGAGCAGUUUUGGGGUGUAAACAAAAGACUAAUGGAAAGAUCUGGUGAUGAACUUUUUAGGCAUAUCCCAUUCAGAAUUCAUCAGGGGGAUGAAAUGUUUAUUCAAAAGCUUGUGAAACCUAUCAACGAAGCAGGAGAGUUGUUAACUUUAAAGAGUCUUAUGCAGCAGGCACUACCGGAUACGUUCGCCACAAACGAAGAUUUCGAGUCAGCAAAAAUUGUUAUCCAUGGUAUUGAACCGCCCACGGAUACACCUCUUCAAUGGUUGAGUGAACAUUUUAGUUAUCCUGAUAACUUCCUUCACAUUGUACUCAGCAAGAAUGUUGAAACAUAGUGUUUUUUCUAUCGUAAACCAGCCCGCCCGCUUUUUUUUCACCUACUCCUAAAAUCCAAGUAUGCUUGUGUUUAAACACUAGAAAGACAGUUAAUGAAAUUAAUAUUUUCCAGAAAUUAAUAAUUUUUCUGGAAAACUUUGCAUUGUAGUAGUGCAAGCUGCUGGCUUGCUUCGUCGCAUGGUUUUCUUUGUAGAAUAUUUUAGUAUUUUUUCUUACCAUUCCUGUACAUUUCCACAAGUAAAAUACAAGCGUAAGUUAAAAA